AAAGAAUUUCGACGACAAUACGACGUGAUGGAAGAGAUUAGUCGAGGCGGAUUUGGUAUUGUCUACCGAGCCGUUCGACUCUCCGACAACUUGCCAGUAGCUGUGAAAUUCGUCGAACACAAGCACGUUCGCGAAUGGACCUUGACAUGUAGUCAGCUCAUGCCGUCAGAGGUAUGCCAUUUGGAGACGUGUCGCGACAUACCGGGUGUGAUCCGGCUUAUUGAUUGGUUUGCCAAUUCGAAGGGAUUUCUAAUUGUUAUGGAGCGACCAGAAAAUUGUAUGGACAUCUUUGAUUUGAUAUCCACUUAUGGUAAACUUGACGAAGAUACAGCACGGGGUAUUUUCAAACAAGUAGUAGACUCCGUGUGUGCGAUGUACGUCCAGCACGGCCUGAUUCAUCGUGAUAUCAAGUGUCCAUAA